AUGGAUUAUAUGAAAUCAAAUAUCCAGGGUAUAUAUUUUGGCUUUGUACAAGAACAAGAUCGUGAAGCAGUGCUGCGAACCGCGGAGACUCUCAAGGGCGAGCUCGAGAGUCUGCAGCUUUUGAACGAGAGAUUGAAUGGUGAGAGUCUCGACGGUCUGAGUUACCCUGAGCUGUGGUCCCUUGAAAAGCAGUUAGCGCAGGGCAUGGUCACUGUGGAACGCCAAGCUGUUAAGGCGGAAAUGGAGUUGAUAGCCAAGCAAGAAGCAGAUCCAGACUAUACGGGUUUAGAAUGGGGCGACGAAAAGAGAUUUGAGAGUGAAUUCGUUUUAUUGAGAAGAAGAAAAAACUUGAGGAACCAGGCCAGAGAGCUCCGGAUCAGCUCUAGCUCUGGAGAAAGACAAGAGGAGCAUGAUCGUGAAGCACUGCUGCAAAACAUUGAGCAUAUGAAGAGCGAAAUCGAGAGACUCCGGCUUCUGAACGAGUAA